AUGGAUACAAAGAAAAAACCAAGCGAAAUCUUUAAGCAACUACAAGGAACUGAUGUAGACAAAGUAGAAAUACGUAUCUACAACGUUGACGACAUUCUUACAUUCGAAAAUUGGGAUAAGGAAGAAGAUUUCGGUUUAAACCCACUACUAUUUGCAGCAAAAUACUCUGCUCCAGAAAUAUUCGAAAAAGUCUUAAAAUUUUCAUAUGAUAUUGCCAAAAUCAAAAGACAAAUCGUACUUGAAAGUGAUUUUAUUUAUAUAACGCCAAUAUCUCCAAUAUUUUCAAACAAAUUCUAUUUUGAAGCCCAAAAGGAAGCUGAAGAGAACAAAAAAGGUAAUUCAAUUGAAAAAUUAAUUGAAAUUUCUCAAAAUACAGAAAAAAGCCAGAAAUUUAAAGCAUUUAAAGACAAGAAAAAUUCAGAAAAUACUAUUAAAUCUACAUCUAAUAAAACAGAGCUACUUCAAAACAACAAACCUGAAUCUUUAAAUCAUACAAACAUAGAUUCUCCUAAAUCUUCAAAAGAUACAAACCCAAAUGAUCCUAAACCUAAAUCUUCAUACAAAGUUCAAACUGAUGGAAAUAUUAUAGGAAAUAACGGAUCGCCAACACGCUUUGUUAAUAAGACCAAAUGCUGUUUGAUUUUAUAA